CUGAAAUACAUUUGAGUUUUUCGGAAAUUUUGUUGGAAAAGGUGUAGUUCAAGAUAGCUGAUGCCACUCAGUUAAGUACUUCUACUAUCGCCAGGAAGUUUCUUUACCACACUGAUCAUCUAUUUAAAGCUUUUAACUUUGGAUUUUAUAGAAAAAAUCUGGCACUGAAAGAAUUAUUUUUCUACGAAUUCGCCUUGAUAGAUAAAUAUAUGUAUGUGUAUUUAAAGAUAAGAUAAAAUGAAGGAGAUGAGGAAUAUUCGAAAUUUGCUGCAAACAAUAUUACGUUUUGACUCCUAAAUCCACAUUUCCGCAUGGAUCUGAAAGCUCUCUUGUUGAACUCCAUUUCCAGUAAGCAUCCAUUGCUAUUUAGUCGGCGCAUGCACGUAGGAAAAUGCUGUUACUCCGUCACCUUUGAAGUCAACGGUAAAAUUUUAACCAUAGUCCGUAUCAGGCAAGUCUACGCCAAGGCUCCAUUCCAAAAGCGAGUGCAGCGACGUCAACGGCUUCUGCGGAAAUUGAGGAGCUCUUCCUCAAUCAGCGGAAUUGCACGCAUCAACUCAAAGCCUUCGCUGCCUCGCGUCAUUAUACCCGAACUCGCCGAUUGUGCCACUCAGACGUCCAAACCGCAAAUGCGUAGUCGUGCCACAGAGACCGAAGUAAAUGUGCUUUCAGUUCACCGUCAACAGCAAACUAUACGUCGUGUAUUGCGCAAACAGGGCACACAAACCGAUCCGAAUACUUCAUGUCAUUGUGUACAGACCGAACGCAGAAUUGCAACACGCGGCACGCAAACGAACGAAAGUAGCACCGAAACAACAUCAUCGCAAACCGAGAACUACUGCUACAACAAUCAGGUGCAAACCGAAACUUAUGAGGAGGAGGAUCAAUGCAUGGAGCGUGAAAAGGAAGCGGUAGUGUUUAUGCUGAACGAAAUUGGCGAAAUGAUCAUCAAUCAGAAUCAUUUGCUGCAAAACAACUCGACAAUGCUGAGUCAAAUAUCGGAAAUGACGAUGUUGAGUAAAGUAGCGGCUCGACAAAAAAACUGCAAAAAGCUGGAGAAACAAUACAAAAUGCAUCGGAACAUUCGAAAACAUGGUCGUAUACGCAGAAUGCUCAUGCCAGAGAAACCAUCACCCCCGGCUCCUGUGGAUAAGCGGAGUCAAGGGGCACAAGCCACUUAUCCAAUAGGCUUAUCCAGCAAAACGACGCAGACACGUAAAGAACAGCGCCAACGUAGACGAUUCAAGAUUUUUUGCUUUUAAGUAUAACUAAUAUUUUAAAUUAUUAAUUUCUUGCUGUGAUUUUGGUAAAAUUUGAAAAUAGGUAAAAUAUAUUCCAGAUUACAUACAGAAGAAAACUUAAUAUUUACAAAUGAGCCUGGAUGUAAGUAAUAACAAAUAUGCAUGCAGAAAUACGUUUAUUGUUUUUAAACAGAUGUAUUAAAAAAACUCUCACUAUUGUUAAGGGGCACAUGUCUUUAAUCCUUGUCUAAUGCUGCUUAAUCCUUACUGAAGUAGUAAAAAUUAGACAAGGAUUAGUAAGAGUUUUAUUUUUUUCAGUUUUUUCGCUAUUGCAGAAGACCAUCGAUAUGUAUAUGUACAUAUAAAUGGAAUGAGUCUGCUUCAAUUCGCCAGUUGCGCUAGAACAUUUCCCGAACCGAAACGACUGGUAUUCUCCGUCAAAAAUUGGCGUUUGGGCAGGAUCUGGCGCUUUAUACCAACAACUCUCACUAAGGGAAGAUUCGAGUUUUGCUAAGCCGAAAUACAUAUCGCAAUUUCACCUGAGGGUAGGAAUGACAACUCUAUAAGGCUAAUUAUAAUGAGAUACCUAAUAAGGACAGUCUUUUUUAAUAUAUAAUACUUGUAAUCAUAUAAUUAAG